AUGCUCUAAAAUAUUAUAAAUUAAUAAUAAUAUAGAUUAAUACAAGUAUCUUAUGAUUAUCAAGUUUAGUAAAAAUUAUCCAAUAAUCUAAUUACAAAGUUUGGUGACAACGCGUUUUUAGUAGAUUGUUAUUACAAAGAUAUAUAUGGAAUUCGGAUUGAUCAAAUCUAGAUCAACUUGAAGUUUAGAGUCAUCAUUUCUUAUUGA